AUGGAUCAUGAACCCGAUGCCACUGAUGGUAACACAGAUGGGCAUAAUGAUCCCAUUUCUAGAGAGGUUCCAACCUUACCUUCAGUAGCACAACCUACUGGUGGUAGUAGUACGACUAUGGAUACGUUUAAUCAGAUGAUGGCAGCUGUCACACAUUUGAUACAGCAUUCUCAGGAACAGCCCCAGACUAGUUCCAGGAGGGAGCCAGUAGUAGACAAAUAUCUGAAGAUUUUCCAAGACAUGCGACCACCACUCUUUACUAGAGUAGGAGAGCCAGUAGAUGUUGAAAACUGGCUUUUGAGAGUUGAAAAGAUACUGGAAGGAAUGCAAUGUCCUGAUGAACGAAGGGUGACUUUAGCCACCUUUGCUCUAGAUGGUGAGGUUGAGAGAUGGUGGCGAGGACAAUCUUUGGAGAAGUUUCGUGGUAGACCAGAUUCCCAGAUCUUAUGGGAGGACUUUGUGAAAGUCUUCAGAGAUUGGUUUAUACCUCCUUCUGUGAGGAGUCAGAUGCAGGAGAGAUUCUUGAGGCUGGUGCAAGGGGAGCGGACAGUUAUGCAGUAUGAAUCGGAGUUUACUACACUGUCCCGCUAUGCCUCUCCGUUCAUUACUACUACUGAAGAUAAGUGCCAAAAGUUUUUAGCAGGGCUUCGAGAUGCUAUACGUCAGCCAUUGCUUCCCUUUACCUUUGAUGAUUAUGCUGUAUUGGUGGAAAAAGCAAGGCGAUUGGAGAUUGAUUUUCAAGCUGUUCAGAAGAUGAGAGAUUUUCAACAGAAGAGGAAGGGCUUUGAGAGGACCAGGAGCUUCCAGACUCAUUCUGGAGGUUCUAGUGUAAAGAAAACCAUAAUUGAUUUGGCUUUAUUUCCUAACCAUAAUUGA